GGGGUAAUAAAUAAAUUGAAAACCCUUGAAGCGGAAGAGAAAGAAAAAAGAAGAGUAUAGACUGUUUUCUUUUUCUGGGUUUAAAGUCAUAAUCAAUCAUCAUACUAUACCUGGAUUAUUAGAUCCACCAUUACUAUUUUGACAACUUAACCUCUCCUCCUCUUUUUCUUCUUCUUCUCACCCUCUUUAUUUUCUUUUUAUUCUUCACUAACCAACUUAAUCUAUUUUUCUAAACUAAAGUUAAUCCAGAAUUUUUUUCAAGGGUGACAAAAAAAAUAAAGAAAAAGAAAUUACUGGAGGUUAGUAUCAAUUUGAGCCAAGAAAUUAUGUAAAAAUUGAAAAUUUUUGAAGAUUUGAAGAACCCCAUGUCUGCAAAUUCUGCUUCAUCCAGUGCUCGAUUGAUGUCUGGUUGUAUUUUCUUAACUGCAGUAUUAUCUUCGGGAUAAUAUGGAAGGAAAAUUGAGGAUGAGGAACAAAUACAAGAAACCAACCACUUUGCGUUGCAGUGCAGGGAACAGAUGUUCAUUACCUGUUGCAGUGGUUAGUGUGGUUGUGUGCCUAUUUCUACUGCAGCUUUACACUCUUCUUCCCCAAAAGGAUGCCUUUAAAUUGGAUACACGUAUACUCACUGGUAAAAGUUUCCGUGAGCUUGAAGAAGUUGAUGAGGAGAACAUCCAAGUGCCCCCUCCAAGAAAACGUUCUCCACGUGCUAUUAAACGGAAACCCAAGAAGCCUACUACAAUUAUUGAAGAGUUCCUUGACGAGACGUCUCAAAUGCGGCAUGUUUUCUUUCCUGACAUAAAAACUGCAAUUGAUCCAAACAAGGGGAAUGACAGCUUCUACUAUCACCCUGGAAGAAUAUGGUUAGACACAGAAGGAAAUCCUAUCCAAGCUCAUGGUGGUGGCAUUCUGUAUGAUGAUAGAUCAGAGACAUACUAUUGGUAUGGGGAGUACAAGGAUGGACCAACAUAUCAUGCCCACAAGAAAGGAGCAGCACGAGUUGAUAUAAUAGGAGUUGGUUGCUACUCGUCCAAGGAUUUGUGGACUUGGAAAAAUGAAGGGAUUGUGCUUGCAGCUGAAGAAAAUGACGAGACUCAUGAUCUUCACAAAUCCAACGUGCUUGAGAGACCAAAAGUUUUGUACAAUGAGAACACAGGAAAGUACGUUAUGUGGAUGCAUAUAGAUGAUACAAAUUAUACAAAAGCCCAUGUGGGUGUGGCUGUCAGUGACUGUCCGAAUGGUCCAUUUGAGUACCUAUAUAGCAAAAACCCUCAUGGCUUUGACAGCAGAGAUAUGACGGUCUUCAGGGAUGAUGAUGGUGUUGCAUAUCUCAUCUAUUCUUCUGUUGAAAAUAGUGAACUCCAUGUCAGUCCACUUACUAAGGAUUAUCUUGAUGUUUCAAACAUUGUGAGUCCAGUUCUCAUUGGCCACCACCGUGAAGCCCCGGCUUUAUUCAAGCACCAGGGCACUUACUACAUGAUCACGUCGGGCUGCACAGGUUGGGCUCCAAACGAAGCAUUGGCUCAUGCAUCUGAUUCCAUUAUGGGCCCUUGGGAGACUAUGGGAAAUCCAUGUUUAGGAGGGAACAAAAUAUUUAGGGAAACAACUUUUUUCGCUCAGAGCACAUUUGUCCUACCCUUGAAGGGGCUUCCAAACUACUACAUAUUUAUGGCUGAUAGAUGGAACCCGGCUGAUUUGAGGGACUCAAGAUAUGUAUGGCUUCCUCUGAAGGUUGCAGGACCAGUGGACCAGCCUCUCGAUUAUGACUUUGGGUUCCCAUUAUGGCCCCGAGUGUCGAUUUUCUGGCACAAGAGAUGGAGACUUCCUUUCAGAUUGAGUGGUUAGAUUCUGUUGCCUGUAUCAUAUUCUACACGAGGUAAUUAAAUUGGCCAAUUCUUUGUUUCAAUUUCUCUCGUUGCUCAUAUGUAAGUUGUAACAGUAUCAUUUUUUCUUACAGUUUACACGAUUUUACACUUAGAUUGGUAGCAAUAAAACUAGUGUCCUAGUGUUUAUAUCAAUUGAGAGAAACAGAAUACGUAUUGAUCUAUAGAGGAUCAAAUGACAUGUUUGAGGUUUUCCUAUAUCGAAUCGGCAUUUACACUUGA